AUGGUUGUCAAAAUAUACAUAAGUGGUAUUUCCGGAAAUAAGGAGGUGAAAAAGAGGCAACAACGUGUGCUAAUGAUAUUAGACUCGAAAAACAUAAAAUAUGAUGUCAUUGACAUAACGGAACCAGGAAGAGAAGAUGACAAAGAAUUCAUGCAAAACAAUUCCAAGUCGAACGGAGGCACUGUCAGCGACCCUAACCCUCGAUCCCCAUUGCCUCCGCAAGUCUUCAAUGAUGACGAGUACUGUGGGGAUUAUGAUCAAUUUGAUCUAGCUAAUGAAGUAGAUACCUUGGAACAGUUUCUAAAGUUAGAAGUGCCCUCAGAGGAACCACCUCAAACAGAAGUUGAACAGGAGAAAAUUUUAAAUGGUGAUGUUGCCAAACAAGAUGAUGAAAGCAAAUCAAAAGAAGGCUCACCUGCAAAAGAUAGUAAUGGUGAUAAAGCAGAGGAAACUACUGAGAAUGAUAAUAAUUCUGAGCCACCAAAAGAGAAUGUUGAAGCUGAGGAGUUGAAAGAAGAAACUGCUAAAGAGAAAACGCCAUCAAGAGAAACAACGCCUGCUGAGAAAGUUAGUUCUAAAGAGCCUUCCCCUGCUAAGGAUAAUGAACAAGAAAAUGAUGAAAAAUUAGAAUCUGAAAAAGAGACUUCUCCUGAGAGACAAAAAUCAGUAGAAAAAGAAGAAAAAACUGUUGAAAAAGAAAAAUCUCCAGCUAAAGAUUCUGAACCUGAAUCUGAGAAAUCAAAGGAAAGUACACCUGAAAAAGAUGUUUCUGUAAAUGAGAAUGGUACCAUUAGUUCUCGUGAUCAAUCUGAAGAGAAAGAUAAUGCACCUGAAAGUAAAAAGGAAAACCCAUCAGAAGAUCUGAUACAGAGUGAGCAAGCUGCUGCCGCUGAAUAG